AUGGCGCAUAAAUCUGACCAUCUUUGUGUUCUAGUGCAUGGGCUCUGGGGUAACCCAUCUCAUCUUGAUUUUUUGAAGUCAUCGCUUCGAGAGCGCUAUGAUGAAGACCGUCUCUACAUCCUCGCCGCGAAGGGCAAUUCCGGAAAUUUUACCUACGAUGGGAUCGAGCUCGGGGGUGAGCGAUUGGCGCAUGAGAUCGAAGACACCUUGGGUAUAUUGGCAGGGGAGGGUAAUCACAUCACAAAGCUGAGCAUUGUCGGAUAUUCCUUGGGAGGCUUAGUGGCCAGGUAUGCGCUGGGUUUGCUCUACGCACGAGGAUGGUUCGACAAGUUGGAGCCUGUCAACUUCACGACAUUUGUCACGCCGCAUGUCGGCGUGAGAAUGCCAUUGAAGGGGUUUCAGGACCAUGUCUUCAAUGCCAUCGGAGCUCGAACUUUGUCCACGUCUGGAAGGCAACUGUUUCUGAUGGACAGUUUCCGUGACACUGGAAAACCUUUACUUAGUAUCCUAGCCGAUUCAGACAGUAUCUUCAUGCAAGCUCUGGCCAAGUUCAGGAAUCGUUCAGUAUACGGAAAUAUCGUCAAUGACCGCUCGACGCACUUCUUCACCACUGUUGUCUCGACAACGAAUCCAUUUCAGGAUUUGGGGAAUAAGAACGUGAAGUACGUGAAGGGCUAUGAGCCAGUUGUGAUCGAUCCCGAUGCGUACUUCCUGCCUCCAAAGGAAAAGAAACCACUUCCUUUUGCCUCUAGACUGUGGCAACAAAUCACUGGGUGGUUGACCAAGCUUUCAAUCUGGUUGCUCGUUAUUGUUCUUGUCCCUAUUGCAAUCUCGCUGUUCCUUCUGAACGCCGUCGUGCAGACAUAUCGCAGUCGUCAGCGGAUUCGGCUUCACGAGGAUGGCAAGGCCGGGGUACUUCUUUCGAACUACCGAGUACCGAUCAUUGUCAAAGACGUUCAAAGCGCGGUAGAAGGUGCUUUUGAAAAUGUGAAUGGGAUGCAGGAUCCGGAUUAUUUGCCCAACAUAAGCAACGAUACCAGUAAGACAGGCGCACCGCUGCGGACAUCGGCCGUGACGGUUGGGGAUUCCUUGGGGAGCAAUGAUAAUACAGACCAAACGUCAACACUAAUGUCCGAUGAUGUUUGUGGAGAUGAAAAAUCCCCGACACUGGCUCUGACGCCAGCGCAAUUCUCCAUCAUCAACUCCCUCAAUUCCGUGGGUUUCCGAAAAUACCCGGUAUGGAUCCAUAACCAUCGCCAUAGCCAUGCUGCCAUCAUCGUGCGAGUGCCCAAGAAGGGAUUCGAAGAAGGUGGGACUGUUGUGAAGCAUUGGCUCGAUAACGGCUUCGAUAUCGAAUGA